AUGUCUUCCAGCACUCAGAACACCGGCGCCCAGAACACCGGCACUCAGACCAUGGCCCAGCGUGUCCGCGACAGCCAGCCUCAGAUGUUCCUAUCUCUGGUUCCCACAACCUCUGCUUCCUACCCCACCGCUGAGAGCAUCAAGCCCGCCACCCACACCCGCCGCAGCUCCAGCCAGAGCAGCGCCAGCAGCACCAGCACAAACAGCCUGCGCUUCUUGAAGCUGGGCCCCGUCCACUACGGCGAGCAGCAGGAGGACUACCAUGAGGUCGCUGUCGACGAAGAAAAGUCGCGGAUUGCGACAUCAUGGCUUAGGUUUACGACAUGA